GGGGCGGGCACGGGGACAAGCCGUGCCCCGAGCCCUGGAUUGACCAGGACAGACGGGGCUUUGUUUGGCGGCUCUCUGAGGCCUCACGGUCCUGUGUGGCCAGUUUCAGCUGCUGCUUCCCAUUCAGUCCCAAGCCUUACCCGUUUCCCCACAAGCAGAGCCAGAAAAGAAUGGGAAGCUGAGGUGGAGAAGUGGGGUGUCGCAGGCAUGAUUCCGUGGGUGAGAUCCAGCUUUUCUGCUCCUGGGGCCUUGGCUGCUGCCCAGCACCUCCUGAGGGUGACCGAGUUCCCUCUGGCUCCCUCCUCCACUGAUGGCCCUGCUAACCAUCUUUGGGAGAUGGAAGAGGUCUACUGGGCGGGGGCAGAGAAUGGGGGCUCCACCAGCCCCAGCCGAGAACAUCGAGAGAGAGUUGGCAGGGGACUAUGUCAGUUCCGUCAUCCCCAGCUGGCAGGAUGUGGACCCCAGACUGUUGUCGUGCCUGGCACUUGUAUCCUGCCUCACGUGGCGCUCACAAACCAUGUCGCCACUCUCCUGGUUCUUGUUUCUGGGGUGGUGGACCUGGAGGACUAGAGCUCCUGGGUCCCUUACCUGAAUGUUUCUGCCCAAAGUGUGUGUGUGGGGGGGGGUGUAGGGCAGCAGACAUCUAGACCUUCCAGGUGAGGGGUUAGCAGACCCCAGGAAAGGAACUGGGCAGGUCUGCAGGUCAGGUGGCUGGCCCAAGGUCCCAGGGAGUUGACGGCAAAGACUGCUGGGGUUGGAGUCCAGUCUCUGCCUCCCAGCCUAGCGCUCUGACCCCACUGCCUUUCAAUGGAAUCAAUCCUUUAUUCCUGUGUUUACUCAUUGGACAUUUACUGAGCACCUACCAUGUACCAGGCACAAGUCUAAAAGGGAGCCACAGACAAUUCAGGACAGCACGGUGAGCUCUGCUGGGAGAAGCACUGGGUUCUCCAGGAACCUGGUAGAAGGGUAAUUCCCUUAGCCUGGGGAGGUCAGGAGAGGCUUCUCAGAGGAGGUGAGGCUUGAGUGAAGUCUAGAAGGCUGGUUAGGAGUUAACCUGGGUGGGCAGGGGGGGAAGUGUUCAAGACAGGGGAAGCAGGUAACAUGCAUGGCAUGUUCCUGGUACUUCACCAGCAAAGUGUGCUCUCAAGGGGGUGGUCAGAGAAGGGCCGGCAGGAGCAGAUCACGGUGGACCUUGAGUCAUGUGAAGGAGUUUGGGCUUUGUCCUGAAGCUGCUGUGCAGAAAUUGAAGGAUUGUAAGCAGCAAUGACAAAGUUGCCUUGGUUGCGGUUUGGAGCAUAGAUUGGUGGGCCUAGCUUGGACACAGCUGCAAUACUCUGGGUAAGAAACAAGGGUGAAUGGAACACUAUCAAAAACUAAUGAUGUAAUGUAUGGUGAUUAACAUAACAUAAUUUAAAAAAAAGAAGAAACAAGGGUGGGCUGCACUGGGCCAUAGCAGGGGGAUGGGAAAGGAGGCAAUGACUGCCAGAAACAUCUAGCAGUUAGAAUCCAGAGCUCGUGGAGAGCAAUUGGAGGUGGCCAGUGAGAGACAGGGAGGCGUCUGGGGGCGACUAUGGGUGAUGGUCUUCCCAGACAUAGAGGAAGCAGGUGGAAAAACCAGGUCAGGAUCAGAAACAAUGUCUAGCUUUGGACAACGUGGGUUUAUGGUGCCUGUGGAAGGACACCCAAGAGGAGAAGAACAGAAGACAGCUGGGUGCUUAGUCUGGAGAAUCAGGGAACUGCAGAGAGCUCCAUCUGGGGGUGGAGCCCCAUCUUUUGAAUCAAGGGCAGGGAUUACUAACUUCAGUUUACAGAUAAAGCUCCGUGAGGCUAAGCAACGUCCAUAGUUACACAGCUACGGAGCAAGGACUUGAACUCAGAUCUUUGGAGUUCAAGUUCUGUGUGGUGCCUGUGAACUCCAAGUCUCGUGCCCAUUCCCCUGCUCCGGCUUCUGCAAGGGGAGGAGGGCUGGGGAGGAAGAAGCAGGUGUCUGAAUACGUUUGUCUCCUCUUCAUGUGCCUUCUGCCUGGAAAUUGCAUUUGCCCGGAACUUGCAGGUGGGGGCAUUUCUAGGUGGUUUAGAGGUGUUGAGAGAUGAAGAAAGAGAGAUUCUUAUCUUUUGGUAACCACAGCCCUCAACUGAUGUACAUUCAGCACGUUGGUGGUUGUCAGCAUGUGAGGAUUUCAACAACGGUAAAGUCAGCUGGGAUUAGGUCUCCAGAGGCUGGUGCUACCACCACCUCAGGGAGUUGAGAACUGAGGCGCCGGGGACCCCUCCUAUCGGGAACCCCUCGUCUCCUUCCCUGACCAGUAGCUUCUGUCCAGCUUCUGAGCUGAGGUCAGAGAGGCCUUAGUCCUGGGUGUGGCUGAAGGUUUCCACCUUCCAAAAAAUCAAGGAAGCUGAGCUCCCUCCACGGCCCGGGAGCAAUGGGUGUUCCAGCUGGUACCCUAAAGAAAAAUCUUGUCUUAGCGCCAAUAAUCACAUCCUCAGAAAAGUGUGCCUUCUUACCUACUGUCUCUCAGGGCUUUGUUUUGGUUUUAUUUUUUGAUGUGUAUAUUUCUCUCUCCCACUAGACGGUAAAGGCUCCAAAAGACCCAGACCGGGUCUGUUUUGUCUACUUGGCCUGUUUCCUAACUCCUGACUCAUAUUUGUCAAAUAAAGGAAUGAAUGCCCCCUAAGACCCAGGCUCUAGGCCUGGCAGCCGAGGCAGCUCUCGUCUGUUUACUGACUGUGCUCCAGCUAGCAGAAUAUCACUUUCAAUUCUGCAACUGGUGGUGGUAGUUGGGGGAGGGGGCAGGAUGCACUAAGGGGUUCCUUCUCCCCCGAAAGAUGGUAAAAGUGCUUAAAAUAUUACUGCUUCCCCCAGCCCCCUCUGCACCCCCACCCUAACGCACCCAGCUCUCCUUCUUUCCUGGGGCUGAAAUGGGCUCUGGUAGUCAAUUCUCCUUCGCUCUAACUCCAGGCACCAAGGCGGGUGGGAUAAUUCCUUAUUUAGCCAACUGUUUUCCCUCUGCUCUCCAUACACUUCCCAGCCUUCUUCAUUCCUCUUCAACUUGUGCUCACACUUCUUUAAUGCUCGAAACACCAGGCUCUAGCAUAACUCAUUGUACUUCACUCCAAUAGCAACAUGGUCCUACUGUGUGCCAGGCACUGGACCAGGCUGGGAGUGCGGGGAGAACACAAGUGAACAAGACCCGAACCCCACACUCCAGGCCUCACAGCUGAUUGGUGGAAACAGGCCAGUGUCCAAUCUCAGAGUAGAGAGAAGCCCCAUUUGUCUGGAGAACCAGGCCAGGGCUUGAGAAGUAGGUGGCUUUUAUGGCAGGCAGCUAAAGGCUUUCAGGAAUCCACCUUUCUGAGAAGGUGAAAGACAUUCAGGUGGAGGAAACACAGAAGCAAAAGCAUGGUUGGAAGGAGCUGGGCAUGUGUGGGCAAGGACCAGUGGAUGCAGAAGGUGGGAGAUCACCUGCAAAGGCAGGUGGGGGCUGUUCACGGAGGCUCUUGAAUGUCAGGUGAGGUGGCUGAUCUGAACCAGUGGGCAAUAGGGAAUCAUUGAAGGUUUAUGAGCUGUGGAGUGACGGACUCUGAGCUGUGCUUUAUGAAGGUCAAUAGGGCUGUGCUGAAUUAGGGGGAGGCAGAGGCAGGGAGACGAGUAAAGUUUGUUCCCUUGGUGGAGGGGAGCACUAAUGGGCUAUAGGAGGGCCGUGGCAGUUGGGGGCAGAAGGAGUUGAUUCUCCUGUGUGAUAACUGGCUUCUCCUAACCGCCCCCUCAGCCUGAGGUUGGUUUGCCUUCCCACUUCUCUUUUUGUUUUCUGGUUUUCCCCAGUUUAUGCAAAGAAGGAAAUUCACAACAAAGAGUCCCCUCCUCCCUCUCCCUCCUCCAGCCUGGCUCUCUCUUGGCCCAGGUUCUCUUCUGCUGGCUCUUGGCAUCUGGUACCCCUCUGUAGGGUCUCUGGCUGCGAGAUCUCUCUUUUUGCUCCGUCCUUAUCUUAAGAUGCCCAUCCCCCCAGAUCUGGGAGCUGUGCCUGAGCAGUUUGCCAAUGAAUCAUAGAAGCAGUACGGAUUUAUUCCUAGAAGUUACCUAUCACCAAGGGACCUCCAAAAGGAAGGGAGACCCUGCCCUUCCCUAAGGGAACUCACUUUGAGUCGGCCUGCAAGAGCCACACUAGUGAAAACAGUAGGGAUCUGCUGAGGGUUGGAAUAUUCUCCCAGCUCAGAGAGGAUCAGUGAGCUGCCUGCUCCACACAGCUGGCUGGUGCAGAAGGUAGGGUUUUGCUUCAGUCUAGUGUCCCAGGCAUGCCACUUGGAGAAGGGAGAGCGGGGACCCGGUAGUGGGUCACUGUGCCUGGCCUCCUUGAUACAGUGGGGGAGCAGUUCACCCAGAGAACCUCUGGAGUUUUCUCAGGGCAAAGGCAAAGGGGAGGAUGUGGAGUCUGGACCCCACUUUCCUUGCACCUCCAGGGCUCUAGACAAGUAGCCUGUUCGCUGUCGUCGUGACACUCAUAGCACCUGCGAGGGGCCCCCCAUCCCAGGGGAUUCCCAGGUCCCGCAGGUGACUCCUCGGGCUUCCGUGACCUCAUAGGCAAAACUCGCUCGGCCCUCCCCGGGGGGCGGGGUUCUAAGCACCCUGGCUCGACCCGGGCCCCCGAAGGUCGCUGAGUCUUGCCCCUCUCCGGCCUGGGACGCGCCAUGGGACAACUGAUCGCCAAGUUGAUGGGCAUCUUCGGGAACCAGGAGCACAAGGUUAUCAUCGUGGGACUGGACAACGCCGGAAAGACCACCAUUCUCUACCAGUUCCUGAUGAAUGAGGUGGUCCACACAUCUCCCACCAUCGGUAGCAACGUGGAGGAGCUCGUUCUGCGAAAGACACACUUCCUUGUGUGGGACAUAGGGGGACUGGAGGCUCUGCGCUCUACCUGGAAUGCAUAUUGCUCCAACCCCGAGCUCAUCAUCCUUGUGAUUGACAGCACCGACCGGGACCGAUUGCCCACCACUCGGGAGGAGCUGUAUAAGAUGCUGGCCCAUGAGGCUCUUCGAGAUGCUUAUGUCCUGAUCUUUGCCAACAAGCAGGUUAUGAACAACUCCAUGACCACUGUGGAGAUCUCUCAGUUCCUCACUCUGAGCGCCAUCAAAGACCACCCGUGGCACAUCCAGGGCUGCUGUGCCCUCACCGGGGAAGGGCUGCCCACGGGGCUCCAGUGGAUGCAAUCUCAGGCCACUGCCAACUGAUGCCCCGACCUGAGGCCAACCAAGGACUCUGGGGGGUUUUGCUUGGACUACAUGGGUGGAAAGCCCAAGUGACGAUUACUUUUCUACGAUUCUCUGAUGGGAGCUGGGUCAGCUCUGGACGGUGAGAUCGCCACAGUCCACCCAACCCAACCCCGCCACCAAGGGGCUAGACUGCCCACCCUGACCUGCUGCAGACAGGACAGCAGAAGAGCUGCCCUUCACUCCAGGGAAGCAGGUGUCCUUGGAGGCACAGGCGAGCUGUUGGACAUGUCGAGGGAUUGGGAAGUGGAGCCCCGUCCCCUUAGCCCACAACCUCUUUGAGGAAAAAAAAUGGGGGAUGGAGUAAGAGACCCCCUGGAAUUGCUCUUUAUUUCCUAGAACCCCACCCCCUAUCCAUCGAUUCCCGCCCCAGCUUUCUGGCCCCUUAGCCAUCUUUGAGCAAAGGAGAUUCCAGAAAGGUGAAGGGGCAGGCUCAGGGGAAGGAGGACAGAGCCAAAAACUGGUGGGAAGGGCGCCUGGGUGGCUCAGUUGGUUGGGCGACUGCCUUAGGCUCAG